AUGGGCAAGAAGGACAUGAGCCAGGUAGCUAUCAAUACGUCUGUCUGUCUGUCUGUCUGUCUGUCUGUCUGUCUGUCUGUCUGUCUGUCUGUCUGUCUUAACACCUUGCCCAUGUACUAAUCCCACCGGAGACGGGGUUCAAUACUUGUUUCCAGCCCUUCCUACUGUCUUCCCACUUUACUGUAACCCCCUCAGUUUCCAACUGUCUGAAUAAAGCGUCAAAUGUAAUAAAUAUAUUUUAAAAUAUCUUGUCAUACCAUGUUCAUCUGUAGAUCGAUGAGAAGAUCAGUGCACGGUACCAGCAGGUGAUGAAGGAGUGGAAGGCCUGCGAGGUGAUAGUCAAGCAGAGAGAGAAAGAGAUGCAGUCGGCCAUCUUUGCUAAGCUGUCUUCAGGAAGCAGCAUAGACAGCCACGUCCUCCGACUCAGACAAUCCACUCUCUGCAACGAGGUGGGUGACACUGAUUGAUUGGUUGGUUGAUUAAUUUGUUGGCUGGUUGGUUGAUUAAUUCGUUGAUUGGUUGGUUGAUUGAUUGAUUGGUUGAUUGAAUAAAUGUUUUUCUUUUUGUCAUUAUAAAAACACCAUAACAUAAAACUAGAACGGGUCGUUUUUCUGAGGAGAAAUUGUGUUUGUUGUAGCUGUUUAUAUAAAACCUACCUCUACCACCACCUUUUCAUCCUCCUCCUCCCCCUUCUCCCUCCUCCUCCCACCUUCUCCAUCCUCCUCCCCCCUUCUCCAUCCUCCUCCCCCCUUCUCCCUCCUCCUCCCCCCUUCUCCCUCCUCCUCCCCCUUCUCCAUCCUCCUCCCCCCUUCUCCAUCCUCCUCCCCCCACCUUCUCCCUCCUCCUCCCACCUUCUCCCUCCACCUCCCCCCUUCUCCCUCCACCUCCCCCCUUCUCCCUCCUCCUCCUCCCCCCUUCUCCCUCCUCCUCCUCGCACCUUCUCCCUCCUCCUCUCCCCUUCUCCCUCCUCCCCCCAUUCCUCCCUCCUCCUAGGUGUUCAUGUCAGUGGAUGAGCCCGACGCGGGGGGGCAGGACACCCCAGGGGGGAGCGGAGGAGACACCCCCGGCCUCUCUACAGUUGUACCUCUUGCAGCCGGUGGAGCACUAGCUCCUGAUGAGCGCCCCCUAGUGGAGUUUGACUCCCCUGACUCCGGCCUCCCGUCCUCCCGGAACUACUCUGUCACCUCCGGGAUUCUCUCCUCUAUCGACGACGGCACGGAGGAGGAGGAGGCCCGGACACACUCCCACAGUGAGAUGGAGGAGGAGGCCCGGACACACUCCCACAGUGAGAUGGAGGAGGAGGCCCGGACACACUCCCACAGUGAGAUGGAGGAGCGACAGGAGUCGUUGAGUGAGGAGAGGCUGUGCAGUCAGCUGGAUAAGUUGAUGACCAAUGGGAAUGGAGGAGCAGAGGGGAUGCCUUCGCUGUCCUCCUAUACGGUAGGUACUGGGGACACACGCACGCACGCACGCACGCACGCACGCACGCACACACACACACACACACACACACACACACACACACACACACACACACACACACACACACACACACACACACACACACACACACAGGGAGAUACUCAAUAAAGAGUCCCUACACUCACAGGGAACAUCAUUGAAUUGCAUAUCCAAACACGUAGAUCACAUUUUAAUACUGUUCUGAAUACUGUUCUGAAUACUGUUCUAUAAAGGCUUUACUGCAUUUAUAUUUACUCUUCAAGUGAACUGAAGUGAAUUGAAACGGAUCAAAUGAAUUGAAUUGAAUUGAAUUGAAGUGUGUGUGUGUGCAGAUUGAGUUGUUGGACACAGUGGCUCUGAACCUCCACAGGAUAGACAAGGAUGUCCAGCGCUGUGAUCGUAACUACUACUACUUUACGACCGCUAACCUGGAGAAACUACGCAACGUCAUGUGCAGGUAAACACGCGCAUACACACACACACACACACACACACACACACACACACACACACACACACACACACACACACACACACACACACACACACACAGACACACAGACACACAGACACACACACACACACACACACACAGACACACACACACACACAGACACACACACACACACACACACACACACACACACACACACUUUUAUUUGCUCACUCAUUCACUCAUUAUUUCAUGACUCCUCUUCGUGUUUCCCCCUUCGAUCCCCCCUCUUCCCCAUCCUGUUCCAGCUAUGUGUGGGACCACCUGGAGAUGGGUUAUGUCCAGGGGAUGUGCGACCUGCUGGCCCCGCUCAUGGUCAUCCUGGACGAUGGUAGGAACCCCAGACACCAUGGCUGCCUUCCAAUUACCACCCUAUUCCCUAUACUGUGCACUUAUUUUGACCAGGGCCCUAUGGAGCCCAUAAGCUGUUAGCUGUUAGCUGUUAGCUAUUAGCUGUUAGCUAGCUAUUAGUAAUGUACCAUUAAAUCAAAUCAAAUCAAAUCAAUUUUUAUUGGCCACAUGCGCCGAAUACAACAGGUGCAGACAUUACAGUGAAAUGCUUACUUACAGCCCUUAACCAACAGUGCAUUUAUUUUUAACAAAAAAGUAAAAAUAAAACAACAACAAAAAAAGUGUUGAGAAAAAAAGAGCAGAAGUAAAAUAAAAUAACAGUAGGGAGGCUAUAUAUACAGGGGGGUACCGGUGCUGAGUCAAUGUGCGGGGGCACCGGCUAGUUGAGGUAGUUGAAGUAAUAUGUACAUGUGGGUAGAGUUAAAGUGACUAUGCAUAAAUAAUUAACAGAGUAGCAGCAGCGUAAAAGGAUGGGGUGGGGGGGCAGUGCAAAUAGUCCGGGUAGCCAUGAUUAGCUGUUCAGGAGUCUUAUGGCUUGGGGGUAGAAGCUGUUGAGAAGUCUUUUGGACCUAGACUUGGCACUCCGGUACCGCUUGCCGUGCGGUAGCAGAGAGAACAGUCUAUGACUAGGGUGGCUGGAGUCUUUGACAAUUUUGAGGGCCUUCCUCUGACACCGCCUGGUAUAGAGGUCCUGGAUGGCAGGAAGCUUGGCCCCAGUGAUAUAAUAAUAAUAAUAAUAAUAAUAUAAUAUAAUAGUAUAUAUAGUGAUGUACUGGGCCGUACGCACUACCCUCUGUAGUGCCUUGCGGUCGGAGGCCAAGCAGUUGCCAUACCAGGCGGUGACGCAACCAGUCAGGAUGCUCUCGAUGGUGCAGCUGUAUAAUUUUUUGAGGAUCUGAGGACCCAUGCCAAAUCUUUUCAGUCUCCUGAGGGGGAAUAGGCUUUGUCGUGUCCUCUUCACGACUGUCUUGGUGUGUUUGGACCAUGAUAGUUCGUUGGUGAUGUGGACACCAAGGAACUUGAAGCUCUCAACCUGUUCCACUACAGCCCCGUCGAUGAGAAUGGGGGCGUGCUCAGUCCUCUUUUUUUUCCUGUAGUCCACAAUCAUCUCCUUUGUCUUGGUCACGUUGAGGGAGAGGUUGUUGUCCUGGCACCACACGGCCAGGUCUCUGACCUCCUCCCUAUAGGCUGUCUCAUCGUUGUCGGUGAUCAGGCCUACCACUGUUGUGUCGUCGGCAAACUUAAAGAUGGUGUUGGAGUCGUGCCUGGCCAUGCAGUCAUGGGUGAACAGGGAGUACAGAAGGGGACUGAGCACGCACCCCUGAGGGGCCCCCGUGUUGAGGAUCAGUGUGGCAGAUGUGUUGUUACCUACCCUUACCACCUGGGGGCGGCCCGUCAGGAAGUCCAGGAUCCAGUUGCAGAGGGAGGUGUUUAGUCCCAGGAUCCUUAGCUUAGUGAUGAGCUUUGAGGGCACUAUGGUGUUGAAUGCUGAGCUGUAGUCAAUGAAUAGCAUUCUCACGUAGGUGUUCCUCUUGUCCAGGUGGGAAAGGGCAGUGUGGAGUGCAAUAGAGAUUGCAUCGUCUGUGGAUCUGUUGGGGCGGUAUGCCAAUUGGAGUGGGUCUAGGGUUUCUGGGAUAAUGCUGUUGAUGUGAGCCAUGACCAGCCUUUCAAAGCACUUCAUGGCUACAGACGUCAGUGCUACGGGUCGGUAGUCAUUUAGGCAGGUUAUCUUAGAGUCGUUGGGCACGGGGACUAUGGUGGUCUGCUUGAAACAUGUUGGUAUUACAGACUCAGUCAGGGACAUGUUGAAAAUGUCAGUGAAGACACUUGCCAGUUGGUCAGCACAUGCUCGGAGUACACGUCCUGGUAAUCCGUCUGGCCCUGCGGCCUUGUGAAUGUUGACCUGCUUAAAAGUCUUACUCACAUCGGCUACGGAGAGCGUGAUCACAUAGUCAUCCGGAACAGCUGGUGCUCUCAUGCAUGCUUCAGUGUUGCUUGCCUCGAAGCGAGCAUAGAAGUGGUUUAGCUCGUCUGGUAGGCUUGUGUCACUGGGCAGCUCGCGGCUGUGGUUCCCUUUGUAGUCUGUAAUAGUUUUCAAGCCCUGCCACAUCUGACGAGCAUCAGAGCCAGUGUAGUACGAUUCAAUCUUAGUCCUGUAUUGACUCUUUGCCUGUUUGAUGGUUCGUCGGAGGGCAUAGCGGGAUUUCUUAUAAGCGUCCGGGUUAGAGUCCCGCUCCUUGAAAGCGGCAGCUCUACCCUUUAGCUCAGUGCGGAUGUUUCCUGUAAUCCAUGGCUUCUGGUUGGGGUAUGUACGUACGGUCACUGUGGGGACGACAUCAUCGAUGCACUUAUUGAAGAAGCCAGUGACUGAUGUGGUGUACUCCUCAAUGCUAUCCGAAGAAUCCCGGAACAUGUUCCAGUCUGUGCUAGCAAAACAGUCCUGUAGCUUAGCAUCUGCGUCAUUAGCAAUUACAGUGAGGGGAAAAAAGUAUUUGAUCCCCUGCUGAUUUUGUACGUUUGCCCACUGACAAAGAAAUUAUCAGUCUAUAAUUUUAAUAGUAGGUUUAUUUGAACAGUGAGAGACAGAAUAACAACAACAAAAUCCUGAAAAACGCAUGUCAAAAAUGUUAUAAAUUGAUUUGCAUUUUAAUGAGGGAAAUAAGUAUUUGACCCCCUCUCAAUCAGAAAGAUUUCUGGCUCCCAGGUGUCUUUUAUACAGGUAACGAGCUGAGAUUAGGAGCACACUCUUAAAGGGAGUGCUCCUAAUCACAGCUUGUUACCUGUAUAAAAGAUACCUGUCCACAGAAGCAAUCAAUCAAUCAGAUUCCAAACUCUCCACCAUGGCCAAGACCAAAGAGCUCUCCAAGGAUGUCAGGGACAAGAUUGUAGACCUACACACGGCUGGAAUGGGCUACAAGACCAUCGCCAAGCAGCUUGGUGAGAAGGUGACAACAGUUGGUGCGAUUAUUCGCAAAUGGAAGAAACCCAAAAUAACUGUCAAUCUCCCUCGGCCUGGGGCUCCAUGCAAGAUCUCACCUCGUGGAGUUGCAAUGAUCAUGAGAACGGUGAGGAAUCAGCCCAGAACUACACGGGAGGAUCUUGUCAAUGAUCUCAAGGCAGCUGGGACCAUAGUCACCAAGAAAACUAUUGGUAACACACUACGCCGUGAAGGACUGGAAUCCUGCAGCGCCCGCAAGGUCCCCCUGCUCAAGAAAGCACAUAUACAGGCCCGUCAAAAGUUUGCCAAUGAACAUCUGAAUGAUUCAGAGGAGAACUGGGUGAAAGUGUUGUGGUCAGAUGAGACCAAAAUCGAGCUCUUUGGCAUCAACUCAACUCGCCGUGUUUGGAGGAGGAGGAAUGCUGCCUAUGACCCCAAGAACACCAUCCCCACCGUCAAACUUGGAGGUGGAAACAUUAUGCUUUGGGGGUGUUUUUCUGCUAAGGGGACAGGACAACUUCACCACAUCAAAGGGACGAUGGACAGCGUCAUGUACCGUCAAAUCUUGGGUGAGAACCUCCUUCCCUCAGCCAGGGCAUUGAAAAUGGGUCGUGGAUGGGUAUUCCAGCAUGACAAUGACCCAAAACACACGGCCAAGGCAACAAAGGAGUGGCUCAAGAAUAAACACAUUAAGGUCCUGGAGUGGCCUAGCCAGUCUCCAGACCUUAAUCCCAUAGGAAAUCUGUGGAGGGAGCUGAAGGUUCGAGUUGCCAAACGUCAGCCUCGAAACCUUAAUGACUUGGAGAAGAUCUGCAAAGAGCAGUGGGACAAAAUCCCUCCUGAGAUGUGUGCAAACCUGGUGGCCAACUACAAGAAACGUCUGACCUCUGUGAUUGCCAACAAGGGUUUUGCCACCAAGUACUAAGUCAUGUUUUGCAGAGGGGUCAAAUACUUAUUUCCCUCAUUAAAAUGCAAAUCAAUUUAUGACAUUUUUGACAUGCGUUUUUCUGGAUAUUUUUUGUUGUUAUUCUGUCUCUCACUGUUCAAAUAAACCUACCAUUAAAAUUAUAGACUGAUCCUCUGUAGCUCAAUUGAUAGAGCAUGGCGCUUGUAACGCCAGGGUAGUGGGUUCGAUCCCCAGGACCACCCAUACGUUAAAAUGUAUGCACACAUGACUGUAAAUCGCAUUGGAUAAAAGCGUCUGCUCAAUGGCAUAUUAUUAUAUUAUAUAAUGUCUUUGUCAGUGGGCAAACGUACAAAAUCAGCAGGGGAUCAAAUACUUUUUUCCCUCACUGUAUAGCCAUUUGCAAUGAGCUUUUACCCAUUAGUCGUUAGCCGUUGCAUUACACAGUGAUCAGUGAGUGAAGGGAAAUGUAUGGGUCUAAUCCUUGGCCACAAUAGACAGAAAAAGGACCCCCCUCUCUCCCUGUCUCCCCCAUCCCUCCCUGUCUCCCCCCUCCCUGUAUACCCCUCCAUGUAUCCCCCUCCCUCCCUCCCUCCCUGUCUCCCCCAUCCCUCCCUGUCUCCCUCCCUGUCUCCCCCAUCCCUCCCUGUCUCCCUCCCUGUCUCCCCCCUUCCUCCCUGUCUCCCCCCCUCCCUCCCCCCUCCCUCCCUGUCUCCUCCCCUGUCUCCCCCCCUCCCUCCCUGUCUCCCCCCUCCCUCCCUGUCUCCCCCAUCCCUCCCUGUCUCCCCCAUCCCUCCCUGACUCCCUCCCUGUCUCCCCCAUCCCUCCCUGUCUCCCUCCCUGUCUCCCCCCUUCCUCCCUGUCUCCCCCCUCCCUCCCUGUCUCCUCCCCUGUCUCCCCUGUCCCUCCCUCCCUGUCUCCCUCCCUGUCUCCCCUGUCCCUCCCUCCCUGUCUCCCUCCCUGUCUCCCCUGUCCCUCCCUCCCACCUUCCCUCCCUCCCUCCCUCCCUCCCGCCAUCAGAGUGUCUGGCGUACAGCUGUUUCACCCAGCUGAUGAAGAGGAUGAGCCAGAACUUCCCCAACGGCGGAGCCAUGGACACACACUUCGCCAACAUGAGGUCCCUUAUACAGGUAGGGUGUGUGUUUGUGGUGUGUGCACAGAAGUGAGUGUUCAAAUGAUACUAACAUGACCCCUGACCUCUGGUCUCAUCUGGUGUGGUCUCUGUUUGAUGAUGUCAUCAGAUCCUAGAUCCGGAGCUGUUUGAGCUGAUGCAUCAGAAUGGAGACUACACCCACUUCUAUUUCUGUUACCGCUGGUUCCUGCUGGACUUCAAAAGAGGUACGAUACGCUUCACAAACUACACUAUUUUUAUUCAUUUAAUUACAUUUUUGAGGGGGUAUUUUGAAGCUUUACUUAGACAGUUAUGAAAGGAGAGGGGGUUCCAGGCAGGUAGGAGAAACAGUGUGACCAUAGGGACAAAGUGGCUCAGACACCAGACGGAUGUAGCAGGGACUCUGGACUCACGGAUUAUGAAGGGAAAGCCAGCCACGCUGCGGACAGUGAUGCCUCGCUCCCGGACAAGCUAAACACCUUUUUCCCCCGCUUCGAAGACAACACAGAGCCACCGACGCGGACCACCGCCGCUCAUGAGGACUGUGAGCUCUCGUUCUCCGUGGCCGACGUGUGUAAGACGUUUAAACGUGUUAACCCUCGCAAGGCUGCCAGCCCAGACAGCGUCACAAUCCGCGUCCUCAGUGUAUGCGCAGACCAGCUGGCUGGAGUGUUUACGGACAUCCCUAUCCCAGUCUGCUGUCCCCACUUGCUUUAAGAUGUCCACCAUUGUUCCUGUACCCAAGAAAGCAAAGGUAACUGAACUAAAUGACUAUCGCCCUGUAGCACUCACUUCUGUCAUCAUUGCUUUGAGAGACUAGUUAAGGAUCAUAUCACCUCUACCUUACCCGACACCCUAGACCCACUACAAUUUGCAUACCGCCCCAACAGAUCCACGGAUUACGCAAUCGCCCUCCCACUGCCCACUACCCACUGCCCACUACCCACUACCCACUGCCCACUGCCCACUACCCACUGCCCACUACCCACUACCCACUGCCCACUACCCACUACCCACUGCCCACUGCCCACUACCCACUGCCCACUACCCACUACCCACUACCCACUACCCACUACCCACUACCCACUACCCACUACCCACUGCCCACUACCCACUACCCACUACCCACUACCCACUACCCACUGCCCACUACCCACUACCCACUACCCACUACCCACUGCCCACUACCCACUACCCACUACCCACUACCCACUGCCCACAACCCACUACCCACUACCCACUACCCACUACCCACUACCCACUGCCCACUACCCACUGCCCACUACCCACUGCCCACUACCCACUACCCACUACCCACUACCCACUACCCACUACCCACUGCCCACUACCCACUACCCACUACCCACUACCCACUACCCACUGCCCACUACCCACUACCCUAUCCCAUCUGGACAAGAGGAAUACCUACAGUAUAUAUUUAUAUUCCGGACUCUGACGUUGCUCAUUCUGAUAUUUCUUAAUUUCUUUCUUUUUUGUAGGGGGUAUUUGUGUGUAUUGUUUUGUAUUGUUAGGUAUUACUGCACUGUUGGAGCUAGAAACAUAAGCAUUUCGCUGCACCUGCAAUAACAUCUGCAAAAUAUGUCUACGAUACCAAUCAAAUUUGAUUUGAUUUGAACAGUGGGAAGGGUGUAAUGCUGGGAUUGAACCAUGGUCUUCAGUGGCACAAUGCUAGCUGUGCCACUAGAGAUCCUGGUUCGAAUCCAGGCUCUGUCGUAGCCGGCCGCGACCGGGAGACCCAUGGGGCGGCGCACAAUUGGCCCAGCGUCGUCCAGGGUAGGGGAGGGAAUGGCCGGCAGGGAUGUAGUUCAGUUGGUAGAGCAUGGCGUUUGCAACGCCAGGGUUGUGGGUUCGAUUCCCUCGGGGGGCCCAGUAUGAAAAAAAUAAACAUGUAUGCACUCACUAACUGUAAGUCGCUCUGGAUAAGAGCGUCUGCUAAAUGACUAAAAUGUAAAAUGUACGAGGAGGCUCUGCACAGCAACUCAACUCUUUCUCUUUUCUAGUGUGGGAACAUAGUACACUGGAUUUCUGUAUGACAUUUCAGAUUGGAGUUGAAAUACAACUCAAGUAACUGUGUGUGUGUGUGUGUCCUCUGUAUGUGUGUGUCUGUGUGUGGAUCUCCUCUGUGUGUGUGUGUGUGUGUAUCUGUGUGUGUGUGUGUGGAUCUCCUCUGUGUGUGUGUGUGUGUGUGUGUGUGUGUGUGGAUCUCCUCUGUGUGUGUGUGUGUGUGUGUGUGUGUGUGUGUGUGUGUGUGUGUGUGUGUGUGUGUGUGUCUCCCCUCCAGAGAUGCUGUACCAGGAUGUGUUCUCAGUAUGGGAGGUGAUCUGGGUGGCCCCCCGUAUCUCCUCUCAGCACUUCGUCCUGUUCCUGGCGCUGGCUCUGGUAGAGGUCUACAGGGAGAUCAUCAGAGAUAACACCAUGGACUUCACUGACAUCAUCACAUUCUUCAAUGGUGACAGACAGACAGACAUACAGAUGUUUAGUCCCAAUUGACACCCUAUUCCCUUUAUAGUGCACUACUUUGGACCAGGGCUCUAUGGAUCCGGUCAAAGUAGUGCACUAUGUAGGGAAUAGGGUGCCAGUUAGGACCCCAACAAGGACAUGGUAAAAUGUGUUGUGAUGGAGCAGACUGUGUUCAUUGUAUAAAACCAUCUCCCUGACUUCCUGUGUGUAUAAAACCAUCCCCCUGACUUCCUGUGUGUAUAAAACCAGCUCCCUGACUUCCUGUGUGUAUAAAACCAUCUCCCUGACUUCCUGUGUGUAUAAAACCAUCACCCUGACUUCCGGUGUGUAUAAAACCAGCUCCCUGACUUCCUGUGUGUAUAAAACCAUCUCCCUGACUUCCUGUGUGUAUAAAACCAUCACCCUGACUUCCGGUGUGUAUAAAACCAUCUCCCUGACUUCCUGUGUGUAUAAAGCCAUCUCCCUGACUUCCUGUGUGUAUAAAGCUAUCUCCCUGACUUCCGGUGUGUAUAAAGCCUUCUCCCUGACUUCCGGGGUGUAUAAAACCAUGUCCCUGACUUCCUGUGUGUAUAAAACCAUGUCCCUGACUUCCUGUGUGUAUAAAACCAUCUCCCUGACUUCCGGUGUGUAUAAAACCAUCUCCCUGACUUCCUGUGUGUAUAAAACCAGCUCCCUGACGUCCGGUGUGUAUAAAGCCAUCUCCCUGACUUCCUGUGUGUAUAAAACCAUUUCCCUGACUUCCUGUGUGUAUAAAACCAUGUCCCUGACUUCCUGUGUGUAUAAAACCAUCUCCCUGACUUCAUGUGUGUAUAAAACCAUCUCCCUGACUUCCUGUGUGUAUAAAACCAUCUCCCUGACUUCCUGUGUGUAUAAAACCAUCUCCCUGACUUCCUGUGUGUAUAAAACCAUCUCCCUGACUUCCGGUGUGUAUAAAACCAUCUCCCUGACUUCCUGUGUGUAUAAAGCCAUCUCCCUGACUUCCUGUGUGUAUAAAGCUAUCUCCCUGACUUCCUGUGUGUAUAAAGCUAUCUCCCUGACUUCCGGUGUGUAUAAAGCCAUCUCCCUGACUUCCGGGGUGUAUAAAACCAUGUCCCUGACUUCCUGUGUGUAUAAAACCAUGUCCCUGACUUCCUGUGUGUAUAAAACCAUCUCCCUGACUUCCUGUGUGUAUAAAGCCAUCUCCCUGACUUCCUGUGUGUAUAAAACCAUCUCCCUGACUUCCUGUGUGUAUAAAACCAUCUCCCUGACUUCCUGUGUGUAUAAAACCAUUUCCCUGACUUCCUGUGUGUAUAAAACCAGCUCCCUGACUUCCGGUGUGUAUAAAACCAUCUCCCUGACUUCCUGUGUGUAUAAAACCAACUCCCUGACUUCCUGUGUGUAUAAAACCAUCUCCCUGACUUCCGGUGUGUAUAAAACCAGCUCCCUGACUUCCGGUGUGUAUAAAACCAGCUCCCUGACGUCCGGUGUGUAUAAAGCCAUCUCCCUGACUUCCUGUGUGUAUAAAACCAUCUCCCUGACUUCCUGUGUGUAUAAAACCAUUUCCCUGACUUCCUGUGUGUAUAAAACCAUCUCCCUGACUUCAUGUGUGUAUAAAACCAACUCCCUGACUUCCUGUGUGUAUAAAACCAUCUCCCUGACUUCCUGUGUGUAUAAAACCAUCUCCCUGACUUCCUGUGUGUAUAAAACCAUCUCCCUGACUUCCUGUGUGUGUUUGUAUAACAGAGAUGGCAGAGCGUCAUGACGUGCAGCACAUCCUUCAGAUCGCCAGAGAGCUGGUGCACAAGGUCCAGUCUCUCAUCGAGAACAAGUGAUGAGGAGGAGGAUGAACAGGGCCAGAGGGAGAAGAGGAGAGGUAGAGAGGAGCCAGAUACCAUCACAGCACCCCUGUACCUCUCCACCCCUUGAUCCACCCAUCCAUCCUCUGCAUCCAGCACAGCUCCCUCCCUCUCUUACCCCUCUUUACCUCUCCCAAACCUGGGGAAGAGAGAGAGACAUGGGCCCUCUAUCCCUCCAGCCGGACCAGUGAAGGGUGAAGCUCCAGGUGACCAUCCUGGCCUGGAUGCAGGAGAGAACAGGGGGAAAGGGAUGCUGGCUGGGCCCAGGUUUAGAUCUGGUUCCAAUGCUAGGUCUAGGUCUGGGUCUAGGUCUGGUCCUAGUCUAGUUCCUGGUCUAGGUCUGGACCUGGUUUGUAGAUGUUGUUUACAAGCACCCGGUCACAGAAUGCCAUGCUUGGUUGGUGGUUGUUGUCAGAUGUGUGGAGUUGUCUGCAUGCUGGGUAGUUUGAUCACACUGUGACUGCCCCAUCUUAUUAUUCUCCACUAAACUCCAUUAUCAGUACAUACCCUUCUCCAUAAACCAGAGACCCCUGACCUCCUCAUCACAGAGACCAGAGACCCCCUGACCUCUCCAUCACAGAGACCAGAGACCCAUGACCUCCUCAUCACAGACACCAGAUACCCCUGACCUCCUCAUUACAGAGACCAGAGACCCCCUGACCUCUCCAUCACAGAGACCAGAGACCCCCUGACCUCUCCAUCACAGAGACCAGAGACCCCCUGACCUCUCCAUCACAGAGACCAGAGACCCCCUGACCUCCUCAUCACAGAGACCCCCUGACCUCUCCAUCACAGAGACCAGAGACCCCCUGCCCUCUCAAUCACAGAGACCAGAGACCCCCUGACCUCCUCAUCACAGAGACCAGAGACCCCCUGACCUCUCCAUCACAGAGACCCAUGACCUCCUCAUCACAGAGACCAGAGACCCCCUGACCUCUCCAUCACAGAGACCAGAGACCCAUGACCUCCUCAUCACAGAGACCAGAGACCCCUGACCUCCUCAUCACAGAGACCAGAGACCCCCUGACCUCUCCAUCACAGAGACCAGAGACCCCCUGACCUCUCCAUCACAGAGACCAGAGACCCCCUGACCUCUCCAUCACAGAGACCAGAGACCCCCUGACCUCUCCAUCACAGAGACCAGAGACCCCCUGACCUCUCCAUCACAGAGACCAGAGACCCCCUGCCCUCUCAAUCACAGAGACCAGAGACCCCCUGACCUCUCCAUCACAGAGACCAGAGACCCCCUGCCCUCUCAAUCACAGAGACCAGAGACCCCCUGCCCUCUCCAUCACAGAGACCAGAGACCCCCUGACCUCUCCAUCACAGAGACCAGAGACCCCCUGA